CUCGAGAGUUUUUUGUUUACAGUUUUGCAACCUUGCAGUCUUUCAUCGGCCGCAUGCAUUCGUUUGUACUCUUUUUCACAGAGGCUUGCCUGAUACAAUCACUAGUACAUCUGCACACUGGGGUUUGCGAUCAGUAUCGCGUCCAUCACAGGCCUGUCCAUGUUUGUGUACGGUCCCAUCUUCUGUCUCUGCGUCGUCUCUGCGUUCGCGUGCGCGGUCCUCUACAACCUCGGUAUAUUCCUGAUGCACGAGUUCUGGGCCUUCUGGAAUUUGGUUCAUGCGCUCAAGGAUGAUCUCUUUGGUUCGACCACAGGAGCCGAGGGCCCAAACGAAGGAUCCUGGGGCGCUACUGAUGAUGUGCGGUCUCCUCCGCCCUAUCUGGCUGAUAGACCCCGAGAUUGGGGUUCUACAAAAGUCCUACAGACCAAGCCGACUCCUGCAACGUCGGUGGCGAGCUCUCAUUCUGGGAGUAUGACUGGACAUGGUGGCCGUAAGAGUCUUGGAGCGCCGGAACAAUCACAACAGCAUGUCAGGGCCGAAAGAGUUAUACCUUAUAAAGCCAGAUAGCAACUGUUUAGCAGGACCCACGCGUUUCGCGAGCGAAGGUCAUUAUCAAGUCCAUACUUCGUAGCGCGUCCACCAAAAUGGAAUUGAAAUACAAUUGCAG